AUGAGUUGUAGGCGAAGUGUACAUGCUGGCCAAACAAUUCGUCGACGAAAUGGUGUCGGCCAAACAAUGUGUGGGCCAAGUGAUUGUCGGCCAAGUGACCCGGACCCAUUCAGGAGUUGUGAAUGAAUAAUGAUCUUCGUAAUUUACUAGACUGUGAAUCCGCAUGCAAUGGAUAUGCUUAAAUCGAGAGAUGGUGUGUCAGGCCUAAUCAGGGUGUGAGUGAGGGUGGAUGGGUGAGGGUGGGUGCGGGUGUGGGUGGAUGGCGUGGGUGUGUGUGUGGGUAGGGUGGGUGUGGGUGUGGGUGUGCGUGUGGGCAUCGGUGCUGAUAGGUGUGAAGAACAGAACUUUAUCACACACCGACACAUACACUCCACCCACACCCACACCCCCACCCACACCCACACCCACACCCACACCCACACCCCCACCCACACCCACACCCACACCCACACCCACACCCACACCC